CGCGUGUAAACAAACCGAGCAAGGUCUUCUGUUCUAUCAUGGCAGAAGAGAGGGACGAGCCAAAGGAAAUGUUCAGACAGACAGCGAGAAAGUACCUUUUGUGGUGUGCCAAUGAGCAUAUUGAGUUCAGAAUACCUGAACUAAAGUCCAUAGCAAAUAUGUUCAAAAUUCCAAUAAAAUGGGUUGAAAGGCCAAAGGAAGAUCCUUAUGUUAUUGUUGAAAUGGGUUGUGAAAAGGAAGCAAGGAAACUCAUGUCUCGAAGCAUGCUGGUGAGAUCGUGCUAUGAAAUAUGGGGCCAGGGUGAGACAGAGGAGGAGCUCCAUGCCAGUGUAAAGAGUGUUCCGCUCGAGUUCAUCCAGCCACACAUCACCCGAGACAAGACGUUCAAAGUCAGGGUAGAGACCUUCAAUAAGACACUCAAGAAUGCAGAGAAGCUCAAGAAAAUAGAGUCUUUCAGUUACUUGCCCUUUGAGGGGAAUGUGAAUUUGAGAAAUGCAGACACUUGCCUACACCUGAUUGAGUACUAUGGUCUACACCCAAAUAUUGUACCAGAAAAGCCCUAUAAAAUCUUCUUUGGAAGGUGGAUCACAGAUGGGCAGAGAGAAUUGAUAGACAAGUUUUCCCUUAAGAAGCGGACCUAUAUUGGAAGCACGUCUAUGGAUCCGCAGCUCUCCUUCAUCAUGGCAAAUUUUGCACAAGUCCAGGCAGGGGAGGUGGUGGUGGAUCCAUUUGUGGGCACAGGUUCUGUGUUAGUUGCGGCUGCACAUCGAGGGGCAUACGUUUGGGGUUGGGACAUAGACUACCUCACAUUACAUGCAAGAACAAAACCCACUCGACAUAGUCAGAAACAACGUGCUGCUGAAGAAUCAAUCCGAAGCAAUUUGAAACAGUAUGGAUUAGAGAACCAGUAUAUGGAUGUUGUUGUCAUGGAUAAUGCAAGGCCGUUUUGGAGAGGAGCCCCUUAUGUUGAUGCAAUCAUAACAGACCCACCCUAUGGGAUCCGAGAGUCAACUGAACGAGUUGGGACAUUCAAGAAUCUGAAGGUAAAUGAGGAAGGGGUCAAGCAGCAGGUCCCAGCAGCACAGCACUUCCCCUCCAAGAUUUCGUAUAGCCUCUCAGACGUAUUCCGCGAUCUCAUCAAUUUUGCCGCAUCCCACAUGGUGAUAGGAGGCAGGCUUGUCUUCUGGCUGCCUGUGUUUAGAGAAGAUUACCAUGAGGGAUUGGUUCCUAGUCACCCAUGUAUGGAACUUGUAUCUAACUGCGAGCAAGUCCUCACUGUACAUUCCAGCAGAAGGCUUAUCACCUUACGCAAGACGAGACAUCCAGAGGAAGGGGAAACUGCCACAGCCACAGUGACAGACCUAACAGCGAAGUUCAGAGAGAAGUUCUUCCAGGCCUCACACAUGACCAAAGAGGAAAGAGCCAACAUGAAGUGCCUCUUCCCACGAGACAAGCGAGGACAAGGUCUUGGCUACAGACUCACAGAGACUCAAACCAAACACAGCAGUCCUCAGGAUGGUACCUCAGGGAAAGCAGCCUCUAGUAGCACUGGUAUGCCAGUCCCAGAAACCUCUCUUAGUGAGCAGAGAAACAACUGUGAUGGAAGCUUACUGACAGAUAACUCUGAGUGUCAUAAUGAGUUAGAGAAAGACAGAAGUAAAGAGAAGUGUAAUGAAGCCAGUGAGCAAUGCUCUUUAAGUCAGGAAGAACAAGAACGUAGAAGAGAGGACACAAGUGGCAGUGAUGCUGUUCAAAGUACUGCAUAAGUUGAGAUAAUGUUAUCAGGGUUGUUUGAGAACCAAGUAGUGUUUGUAAAUAGUUUAAUUUUUUAGAUUUUUAAUGUGAAAAAUGAAGUCCAUUAUUUUAUAUGAAACCGUUCUUUGAUUACAGUUGGUAAUCAGUUACAACACAAUAAGUCUUCACUUAAUACAAACUUUCAUAUUCCUGGAAAAAGGGUAGAGUUCAAGAACAUACAGUACAAACCUUUUUUUUUUCCCCUCUACUUGAUUUUGUCAUUUUACUUUUCUCAUUUCAUAAGAAAAAAUAGAUAUUAAUGAGAAAGUGUAUUUUUUUCUCCAGAGGCAACAAACUGCAGAGUUGGCUGUGCACCCAUGACUUAGUUAAAUGGAGUUGCAGAAAUGUGUACCAAUUUUUUUUUUUUUUUUUUUCCUGAAUACAAUCAGGCAUAAAUGGCCUGAUUUUAAAUUAGCUUCUGCAUCAAUACAAGUCCAAUCAUACAAAACUUAAGCCUUAAAAGACACAGUAUGCCUUUUAUCAUUCAGGUGUGUGGGGCUUAUUGGGCAAAAUAUGGUAAGUCAUCCCUGAUAAAGUAAUGCUAAGCACCCCCCCCCCCCCCAUCCCUUGCUUCUUUUCAUGGGGGGAGGGGAGGGCUUAGGAAAUGAGGACUGAGGCCCAAUGUGGGGGAUCACCCUGGACUUGGACCUCAGCCCGCGCCUCAACUGAUUUUGUAUGGUCUUUUCUUCCCCUCUUUUCCUUUUCUUUUUUUUUUUAUCCCCUUGUCUUAAUCAUUAACUCAUUUUUGUUACAAUACUUUCAUCAUAAUGCUCCCUAUUCCCAUAAUUCCUACCCCUUCUAACAACUUUUACUUUAUACUAUACCCAUAACUCCCCCUCUCUACCCUUUUCACUACCAUACUACCCUCUAGUACUGUUCAACUGUAACUUUACACUAAUUGUUAACUCAUUCCUAACCCUUUUCACUACUAUACUUUACCUAGCGCCAUAUGAACUUUGAUGUCAUGUAGCACUUCCUUAUCUGGGGCUUUGCCCCUAAGCCUCACACUACCAAUAUAUUUUGAAAACACUGCUAAUAACUGAUGUUGAUGCGGCAGAAAAUGUUCAGUAAAUAAUUAAAGGCCAAAUUAUCCAUAAUAUCAAAUAGGAAUGAAUCAAGUUAAAAUAUUUUUUUUUAUUUUUUAUUCAAAGCAAAUGAAGCUCUUAACAUAUACUCUGGUAGAGCUACAAGCUUAGUCAUGGACAGUCAGUUUAUGCCAAUUAUGACUCUUUGACUAGGUGUGCAUUUCUUAGGACUUCAUUGAUAUCAAAAUAGACUCUUUCAUGUGCAUAGAUACCCAGAAAGGCAAGAACUUAGCAUUUACUUUUGGAAAGACCAGAUAGAAUGUCGAGCACAGGACUUGGAUUUUAACCCAAUGUUGGCGAGUAUUCACACUGUCUACCGUCAUUUACUCUUGCGAAAUUUGUUUGCACACAGAUGGCUCCACAAGUGCUCAGCCACCAAGGAGCCAAUUAGUAAGUCUAUGUGUCCUCAGCUGAUUUCUCCUUUCCUUGAGUUUUCAGCGGAUUUUUUUUUUCUUAAAGCUAUUAAUGUGGAUGUUGUUAUUGUCACUGACAUUAUGAUUAUUAUAGUGUUAUUAACAUUACUAAUAACAGUAAAAAAUAAAGAAUCUUUCCAGAAAUCAAGGACAAGGGUAAAUAGGCGAGCUAGGUUGGACCAGUAACUGAAUCCUUGGUGAUUAAGCUCUUGCAGACACAUCUAUAUAUAAAGAUAAUCAGUAAACACAGUGGACAUGGCAUUAUUCUUGGCAGCCCAUCAUGAGGAAAGCCACUGACUUUGCUUAGGGUUCUAAAUUAUUCAGUUAAAAUAUUUAGAAACUUACUCUGCAUAGUUGUGAUCAGUUUGUCCAGAAAAAACAAAAGACAUUCCACAUACAAUAUUUUUCUUUGUAAUCAGGGAGUCAGAGUUUAGCAAAAAUACACUGAGAUGAUGAGAAAGACGAAUGUAAUUUGUGGUUUUGGAGGAAGGAAAUAUAUAUUAAAUGAAGACUUGCUGUACCAGUUGUCAAAGGAAGUAUCAUUAUCACAUUAUGCAUAUUGCAAUUUUUUUUUAUUUCCAUGUAACCAACUCAAGUUUUGCAUUAUACUGUCAUGUUGAUGCUGGCAUUCCUCUUGACACUUAAAUACUAGUUUGGCAGAAAUAUUAUUUUAAUAUUUAUGGUGAAAUGGAAAAAUAACCUUUCCCAGUCAUUGCCCCUAUUACUAGUUCACUUUUUUUUUUUUUUUAAGUAAUCUAUACCACAUUUCAAAUUUUAUAUCAAAAUGCUCAUCCAUAGCUGCAGAAAUGGCUAUCACACUGUAAAAGUUGAUAUAUGUUGAAGUUAAUGCUAUGAACUGU